CCUUUUCCAAAGGUAUCCCUCAUCAAGACCUAGCUCUGGCAUUGCCAUAUAACAGACUUUUUGAUUGUCCUGAGAAAAAUGCAGUCGCCAUUAUUUCCUCACCGCUCUCUUGAGCCCAUUUCAGAAGAAGUCUCUCCCACAGAUCAUGAGAUUUUACGCUAUGGUGGCACAUCAUCCAGCCUUGAAAGACUUCCCUCCCGGCUGCAGCAAUCGAAACGAGCAUCUACAGAUCUUCGCCAACAGCUCGAGGAACUCGCAUAUGAGGCCAGCUACCUGCGGGCUGAAUUGCAGUGGCAAAAGGAGUCAAAGCAAGCCCUGCUACACUUCCGGGAAGAAGUUUUCGGAGUGUUUCAUUUGUUGGAAGAUGCCCUUGUUCAAGUGACUACAAGGCUCCGCGAUUCCGAACAAAGAUAUAUUAGUCUUUGGGGACGUUCAUCGGGUGGUGGCGAAAAUGGAGGAAUGAUUUAAGAUGGUUUGAUUGAUAUAUUUUAUGCGUCACCAAUCAAGCAACGCUGAGGAGGGAAAGACAAUGAAGGUUCUAUGUGGACAGAAUAUAGUGGAAU